AAGUUUGUGAGCAGGGUUGGGAUAGCUAUUACCUGGUAUCUACUACUCCAGAACACCGGUAGAAGACAGCAUUUAGUUGCUUUUGAGUUGGUUGUUAUAAAGUACGAAAUCAUGGCGACGUCUCAAGGAGUGCAUGUGAUAGUGGGCGGUCUGGGUGGCAUGGGACGAUGUCUGCAGCAUCAAUUGCUGGCCCACGGCAAACAAGUGCGGGUCCUGGAUUUGGCCCCAUCGGCUCAAGCUGCCACCAGUCGUCUGGUUCAUCCCACUUCGAUUGAGUAUGCCCACUGCGAUCUUUCUGCCAGCAAUACUACUGAUAUGCUACACGACGCCUUGAAAAAUGCCGAAACCGUCUACUCCCUGGUCACGCCCGAUGUAUUGAAGGGAUCUGCGGCUGCCAUGCGUCGCACCAACGUGGAAGGAGUCCAAACUCUGAUUACAGCGUGUCAAACGGUUGGAGUGCCCAAACUAGUCUAUGCGUCGUCCAUGGCCGUCACGAACCACCUUAUAGAGCACAAGGAAGAAACGGAACAAGUGCCUCUGCCGGACUGGGGCACCUACCAGUUGGCAUAUGACAGGACCAAACGACAAGGAGAAGAAUUGGUAUUACAGGCAAACAACAGCAAUAAUUUGCAGACGUGUUCACUCCGUUUGGGUUCGGUCAUGGCGGGACCGGGAGAUUACGCCACGCGACACAUUUUGGAACGACCCGGCCAAGUCAUUUCCAUCCAAUUUCCUAGAUUGAUUGACACCGUGUCGGCACGUGAUUUGGCUGUCGCUUUUCGAUCGGCUUCGGACAAGAUGGAUGCCACGGAUAGUGCCGUCGGUGGAAAAGCCAUUUUUACCACCAAGAGUAAGAAUGAUCAAGCCGCCACGGUCCCUGGAACAAUAGAGUUGUUUGCCCAGGAAUUGGGCUGGAAAGUGGUCAAAUUGCCUGCCUCUGUUGCGGUUGCCAUGGCACAUGGAUAUCGCGCCAAGGAAACAGUCAAGGGGCUGUUCCAUGCCCCCAAUGAAGAGUCCACCCCGGGAUUACCUUUUGACUUGGUCAUGGAACUUUGCACCAAGGAAAUGACAUUUGACAAUUCAUUAGCAAAAGAAUUGUUGGACUAUCAACCUCAGGAAAAAUGGGAAGAUGCUGUCAUUCGCGUUGCCAAGGAAACUCGCCAAGCCCAUCCGGAGCUUUUCUCGUCGUAGUGACUGUUGGAGACGGGCAGCAAGGGCAAAACUGAGUGAUGAUAGAGUACUAUUGUGUAGUAAUUUCCUUCCAGCCAAUGAUCCGUGCCAUUGCCUAUUGUUUUUUGUUGUGGUCCUUUCUAGCGUGCGCCAAAUCGAUUGAAGUGUGAGAAUUUGAUUGACAAUGAUGCA